UAAGGUUUAUUGUUGAGUUUUAUUUUUGGGAUUUAUUUUUAUGACCUUCCUGAAUGUAUGCGGUGUUAAAUCGGUCCUAAAUUCUGCUGUUUAUUUCAUUUUUGAUCAGCUGAUCGCCGUAACGGACCAGACUCUAUUUAAAAACUGUCAUAUUUUAAUACUUGUUAUUCUAACUUUAAAUAAAACACGGCAAUAAUAAGAUGACGGUUCAUAAUCUCUACAUAUUUGACCGGAAUGGAAGCUGCUUGUUUUACAAUGAGUGGAACCGGAAGAAGCAGGCGGGGAUCUCUAAGGAGCAGGAGUUUAAGCUGAUGUACGGCAUGCUGUUCUCCAUCAGAUCAUUCGCCAGUAAGAUGUCUCCUCAGGACAUGAAGGACGGCUUCCUCUCCUUCCAGACCAGCAAGUAUCGCCUCCAUUACUACGAGACGGCGAGCGGCCUGAUGUUUGUGAUGAACACGGAUCUGUCCGUGAGCAACGCCAGAGACACGCUGCAGCACAUCUACAGCAACCUGUACGUGGAGCUGAUCGUGAAGAACCCGCUGUGUCCGUCCUCCCAGACGCUGGACAGCGAGCUGUUCAGCAGCAGGCUGGACUCCUUCAUCAGGUCUCUGCCGUACUACAGCCCCAGAGCCGCCUGAACGCACCACGCCACGCUCUACCGCUCCAGAAUCCUGAUCCAGCUCCGCCCACAUCCUGGAUCCCUCAGAGACCAGAGAACGGAACGAGGGCCAGGCGUUCGGACCGGACCUCCUUUAUUUAUUGUCUGGUUUUGUUUUUUAUUAGAAUCUGUCUGUUCAAUAAAAGUUCUGAUUGGG